AAACCGGCUGGGGGUUGAACUACUGUUUGCAUUGACUCAGACACAGAUGCGAAACACCGCUACGGGCGAGGAUUACCGGUUUUUCUCCCCCCACCCCCCUCAGUUCAUUUGUAACGAGUCAUUCUAUUGAUGAGGAGGGAUAACAAGAGAGGAUACUCAGAAUAAAAGAUUGUGAGGAGCUGGGGCGUGCUCAUUGAGCUCAGGAUGGCAGUCUCCACUCAACUGGGUUUACUGCUUUGGAAGAACUUCACCUACCGAAGAAGACAGACUAUUCAGCUGCUGAUUGAGAUUAUUUGGCCCCUCUUCAUCUUCUUCAUCCUCAUCUCAGUUCGGAUACACUAUCCACCAUACGAGCAGCAUGAAUGUCAUUUCCCAAACAAAGCCAUGCCUUCAGCAGGCACUCUGCCCUGGGUACAAGGAAUCAUCUGUAACGCGAACAACCCCUGCUUCCGAAACCCGACCCCUGGAGAGAGUCCCGGGGUGGUUGGCAACUUCAAUGAUUCUAUAAUCUCUCGCCUGUUUAUUGAUGCCAAGAAAAUCCUGCUGUACUCCCAGAACGAUAAGAGUUAUGAGGGCUACCGAGGACUGCUGAGGGCCCUUCACAAGAUGCAGAAGAACACUGCCCGUUUCAAACUGAAGGACUUUUUAAAGGACAACGAAACCCUCUCCCACUUCUUGCAUCACAAUGCCUCACUUCCUCGCCACGCGUUGAAGCAGAUAGUGGAGGCUGAUGUCAAUCUGGAAAAGGUUCUGACAAAAGGAUUUGGAUUUCAUCUCCGAGACCUGUGCAACACAACGCCUCUGGAGGAGUUUGUGCAAAUAGCCGAUCGCGAUGUUUCCCGUCUGACGCAAGAAAUCAUCUGUAAGUCCUCCAGGGACUGGCUGGACAAGGCCCAGAGCCAUUUCCUGUCCAACUUGGACUUUCUCAAGCCAAUUCGGGUGAGUAUGUGUGAAUGCGUGUGUGUGUGUGUGUGUGUGUGUGUGUGUGUGUGUGUGACCAGUGUUACCUCUCCCCUACAUUUGGUUUCCCAAUAA